AUGUCUGGAGUGGGUAACAUGUCAUUUGCAGCUGAGAUGUACGAUGUAGGCCACACAGAGGCACUGAGGUUACUAGAGGCCAACCGCCCUAUAAAAAUGGGGAUUAUUUUGGCUUUGGGUGUUAUGAUCACUUUGGGGAAUGUAGCUGUUGUGACUGUGAUAAGUUCAGCAGUACCAGGCUGGUCCCGCAACUCUCGUUAUUUUUUAUUGUCUUUAACCGGGGCUGAUUCUGCGUUUGGGCUCAUAGUCAUGCCUCUGAACCUGUGUGUGAGUCUGAUAAAGGACUACAGCGAAGGACCGGAUCCGUUCUGUCACAUUGUAGCUUUUUUCAACGCCACCGUUUACUCCACGUGUAUGUACACACUGGCCAGUAUCAGCCUGGAACGCUACGUGGCUGUGUUUUACCCCCUGCAGUAUACCAGCAUACUGACCCGCAGACGAGCCUUGUUCAUCAUCGCGUUCUCAUGGCUCUUUCCCCCCGUGUUGCUGGUACCCAUCUGCUGUCCUGAGGGAAUCAUAGAGGUCCAGUUCUCCACUGCCUCACUGGUGUGUAACCCGUCCUACUCCAGUAACAUGAGUUAUUCUCUCGCGCUGACCUGCUUCAUCUUCUUCCCCUGCUCGGCUCUCAUGACCUUCUGUAACCUCAGACUGUGGGUCGCUGCCAAAAGACAGAGGAUGAAGUUAAAGUACAGUGGUGGAUGGAACAGACCCAACGUGGCAUCUCGGGUUCUGGUGCCAGUCAUGACCGCUUAUUACACGUGCUGGACGCCCUGCAUGGUGGUCAUGAUUUACAAUGCAAUGUCUGGUAGUGUCGUCCCAGAAUGGUUAGAGUUUGUAGCUGUGUGGUUACCAACUUCCAAUGGCUUCCUCAACUGCAUCUUUUACUUUUGGAUCAAUCAGAGCUUUAGAAGAAAAUUUCACCUCAUUCUUCAGAAGAUGUGUUUAGGACUUUGCCCCAGUGCUGGAAGGACUCUAAGCCUUGGCAAGCAAGUCGAAAUUUCUGUGGUACCCACGUUUAAUAACAACACAGUUCAUGAGCGAUCUUCCAGUGUGUCGUCCACUUGCACUCUGCUCACCAUCGCUGCUGAGGCCUAUAUCUGA